GAUUCGAGGGAAGCCCGCUGGCGCCCCGGUGGCGGUUCUCGGUGAUCCGAGCGCGGCCAUAUUCCCUCUCGUGGCUCUCUCUCGUCCGCAAGGAGGCUGGAAAGGUGGUGCGCGGUUCCGGCGGUGACCGAAUUUCCCAGGGAGGCGAUGGUCGCGACGCGCGCGCGCGUUUCGUAACGGUCGUCGUGCAACGACGGUGCUGGGCGUAAGGACGGCUAGAAUCAUGCCCAAGGAGGGCGGCAAUCCGGCCGGCGGCAGGCGGCCGUCGUCGCGCAACGCGAAGCCCUACGACGCGAACAACUCAUUUGUGAGAAAAGUGGCAACCAAGGUAACAGAUUUUAUACCACAAUCAUCGUGGAUUAGUAAGUGGUUCAAUACCUCUCAAGGUAAUGAGGACGCGUUAGAAGGUAGAGGAAGUGUUGAGGAGACAGAGCUCGAGGACGAUACUCAGCAGCCUCCUCCUGCCAAGCGAUCGCGUAUUCGUAUGGACGUGAUUCAUCCACCUGGCACAUUUUCAAUACAAACGAGAGUUAAAACUGCGCUGAAUGCAGUCGAUCCCUCGAAAGAGCAGUAUCCCGUUCAUAACGAAAUGACGGAAGAUUUUCUGGAACCUGCGACAGCUGGACCAAGCGGCAUGGGCCGCUUAAUAUCCUCGACUCCUGCAGUACAAGCGGACAUUAGGACUGUGACGUCUCACAGGUCCGACUUAAAUUCGUUAGUCUCGACUAAUAAUGGAAUAGCAAAUGGGAUGGACGAUAAUUCGGAAUCCAGUGAAAGUACUAGUGGAUGCAGCUCGCUUAUUCCACAGAUAAACAGGCACGAAGGCCCAUCAAACCUGUCGUAUAAUUCAACAUUUACUAAUAGGAAGAGGCAUGAAGAUAAAUUGACGUUUACUAAUCAUUUACAAUCUCCAAGGUCCUUGUUUCUAGACAGUAAUUCUCGCGAUACUUUAAGCAGUCGUAGACCGAGUUUUAACGCAUCAAUCGUAACAAACGCUGUAGACCGCGCAUCUCCUCUAUCCUCCCCUUUUUAUAGUGGUAAUAUUACCUUCGGAGGUGCAAAUGCAGCAGGUCUUUAUAAACGGAGUCGUAACAUUUUUAACAAUUCAAACGAGGUGCAACUUAAAGUACCAAGGAGGACAAAUGUUGAAGUUAAACCUUCCGAUACUGGAGUUGAUUCGUCGGGGAUGAGUCAGACCGCCAAAAAGAUACUGGAAGCGUUAGAACAUUUCUCGUCGCCUAUAUCAGAUGCGAAGAAGAUCCCGUUGAAAAACACGAACAAUGCUGCCUCUUCGGCAAUGAGCAGGAAGAGAGCGCGAGAAGAAAAGAUAGCAAGUCCAUCCGCUAGAAUCGGUUUGCGUCAUUUGACGCGUGAGUUAACAGUACCAACCGUCCCCGAUAUACUGAAGUUAAGAAGAAGGCAAAAGUUACAAGACACAACACUUGUGGCUAGGAAAAUCGUUUCCGCUCGUAGCGAUCCACCGCCGUCUCAACAGGACUAUCAGCUGAGGACGGAGGAUAGUAAAAAGUAUCGCGGCAAGUUAAAGGGCAAAUCUAAAAUUAAUUUAGAACAGGAGAAAACGGUGGCGCCUGUAAAUUUACCGAACAUACCUCUGCCAAUAACAACGUUACCCAAUUUCAACUUUACCUUACCACCUCCUGCUUUGUAUUCCGCGGGUACACCUGUAGCAAAUAAGAAAGACACUUUCACAUUUGCUAGCCCUAUUAAGGUGACAGAUGCCGGGAAGAGUUUACACUCUGUCAACAAUUUCACCUUUAGUAAUCCGAUCAAUGCUGAAGACUGCGCAAGUAAUACGACUGAUCCGAAUUCACCUUCGACAACAGAGAACGAAUUUACUAUUGAUCGCGCAGUCGCAUCCGGACCGAAUUUUAUUUGGAGUGGCUCGUCUACGGCACCCAGAUUAAAAGCGAAGGUAAAGAGCAGAAAGGAUUCCGUUGGCUCUCCAGUGGUGCAGGAACUGAAACCGGAAAAUAUUAUGGACUUAUUACUUCUCAAAGCUUUCCAAGCGGAAUCUAAUUCAAUCAGACAGUCCAAUCCUGGAUUGGCUUCUGAGACGUCGCACACUGACAAGGUUGCCAGUACGUUUGUCAGCUCAGAUUCUGAUACUACAAGUACACGCGGUGGAGAAUCAUCUUGGGAGUGCAGUGAAUGUAUGAUAAGGAACAGUGAUACAGACAAGCAGUGCACUGCAUGUAAAAUUUCUCGAGCCAAUCCUAAUGAGAAAGCUUCAUUGCCGUCGACGUCAACGACAGAUACGACGGUCGUGAAAGCAAAGCCAGUCGCACACGAUUGCUUCGGUUCUCAAUUUAAACUAUCCACAAAUCAAUGGGAAUGUACAGCUUGCUGUGUAAGAAACAAACAGAGUGAUGCCACGUGUGUAGCGUGCACUACGCCAAAACCAGGAAGUGGUUCUACGAUGCAGCAAACUGUUAAAUCUCAAAAUUUCAAUCUAAUGGAGAAAUUUAAGCCUGCCGAAGGAUCGUGGGAAUGCUCCGGUUGUUUACUAAGAAACACCGCGAACGUCAUCACGUGCCCUUGUUGUAAUGCGUCUAAACCUAUGACUUCUGUAAAGGCAAAACCGAAGACGGACAAUGUCACAGGGUCGUCUAGUACGAAGGACGUGGCGACGCAGGAAAUAUCUAGUAAUUCCGAAAUGAUGAACAAAUUUAAACCAAGCAAGGAUUCCUGGGAGUGUCCGGGAUGUCUUGUUAGAAACAACAGUUCUGUUGCCACCUGUCCUUGCUGUAGCACUCCUAAACCUAAUUCCAUCGGCGGGCCGAACAGAACGGAACCGAAAUCGAGUAAUGGGUUUGGAGACAAAUUUAAAAAACCAGAAGGUUCGUGGACCUGCGAUUCUUGCUUGCUGCAAAAUGAUGCAAAGCAUACGGAAUGUGUGGCCUGCCAAGCUCUAAAGCCUGGUGCCGUAAAAGUAAACGAAUCUUCAUCGAAUACUGGCUCUACUUUGCAAUUUAAGUUUGGUGUGCCGUCUGGUACAACGAACUUGACUAGCCAACCAGGUGGAUUCAAAUUUGGCCUGGAUAAGGCCGACGAGCAAUCUAAAUCCGACGCAUCUCCCUUAAACGGAUUCAAGUUUGGCAAUGCGCAACAGAAUAGUGGUACGGCACAAUUUACGUUUGGCAUUCCAAAGGAAGAGAACAAGGCUGGAAGUGAUGCAUCUAAAACUAAUAAUGUCACAACGUCUUCUAGUAGUACAGGAUUUCUAUUCAAUGUAAAAAGCCCCGAAAAGUCGGAAUCUACCAGCCAGAAUCAGGAAACCAAACAGAAGACACUUUUCGGCAUGCCGAAAAGUGAUGGUUUAACAACAGCAAGUGAGAAACAGAAUACCAGCGUUGUAUCUAGCGCUCCGUCGACCGCUCCUUCUUUCACUUUUGGCGUACAGAAAGCAGAAUUUAAUCAGCCCGCUUCAAGUAAGGAAGCGCCGAAGACUUCCUUCGCAAUCGCUGCGACAGAAAGCUCCCAGCCAGCAGCGGCAACUGACGCGGUGCCAAUCAACACUAACACGACAUUACCAUCGUUACUGGCCCCAAAAGACACUACGAAGAAUACGAAUGCAAAAUCGGACCCGAUAUUUUCAUUUGGAGUAAGCAGUGCAAGUGCUACCACAACUUCCACGAAUGCAACGACUACUUGUCUUCCAACUUUUGCUCAAACUUUCAAAUUUUCCGAUUCAAAGACAUCGUCUCAGCUGGCCACAGUACCGUCUUUCGGCCAGGCUCCGAUAUCAUCCACCGCGAGCGUGUUAUCAACGAGCGUGUCGUUCGGAGGAAACAAGGCAACUGAGACCACUGCGUCAACGAAAGCCGCGAAUGACACGCCGGUCGCUCCGCUCUUCCCGAUCGUCUCGAGCUCCACGCCGCUGUUCACCGAAUCGAAAACGACGAUAGCAUUCGGCACGGGAAAACCGUCGUCGUUCGCCACAACAGACAGCAAACCGUCGGGAUUUGCCAUGCCCGAGAACAAGAUUUCAACGUUCGGCGGUAAUGCCGAGAGUAAACCACCGAUUUUCGGUACGUCGGAGACGAAGUUGCCCGUAUUCAAUUCACCACCCGCGGUGGCGAGUGGUCUUUCAACGUUUGACGCAGCGUCCGGCGGUACUGCUGCCUCGUUGCCCUUCGGGUCGUCCAAUGCUCCGGCUUUCGGAGGUAAUACCACAUCCGCUUUCGGCGGUGCUACGACAACACCCACAAUAUUCUCGAACACGAAGCCGAGCGAGGCCACUGCGUCGAGCUCGUCUUUGUUCACCUUUGGCUCGUCUUCGUCGCAACAGCCGGCAAGCGGCGGAUUCAACUUCACUGCGAAUGUUAAUCCGGCCGCCCCGUCGUCCGCGAAGCCGCUCUUCACCUUUGGUGGCAACUCAAGUACAUCGCAGAGUAACAACAGCACGUUCGGUAGUGGUACAUUUGGAGCCAACGCCGCUCCAACGAACACUGCCAAUUUUACGUUCAAUCCACCGAAGCAGGAAACACCAGCGGCAUUCGGUCAAGGUGCAGUGACAACCCCGAUAUUCGGUACCCCACAGACAAAUCCGCAGACUCAAGCGACGUCGUCGUUCUCGUCUACAGCCUCGUCGAGUACAGGAUUCAAUUUUGGACCUACGGCUCCAGUUGCUGCAACGUCAGGAGGCUUUAACUUUGGAGGAAUGUCAUCUACAUCUGCGCCAGCCGGAGGAUUCAAUUUUAAUCCUGCUUCUACGCCCGCAGUAGCCUUCGAUCCCAAUAGUCGGCCUUCGUUCAACUUCACGAAAGGAAGUGCUCCAGCGAUAUUUAACGCUCCACCUCAAUCGGCACCAGCACCACGGAAAAUCAAAAAAGCAUUUCGUAGAUGCGCGCGGUAGAGAGAUAUAACAACACGUUCAAGCAUACACUCAGGUGCGUCUUUACGUCUGUCUGUGUAUCUGAGUGUGUCUACAUUAAACUAAUUAAAUAUAAAAUGAUGUACAAUGAAAAUCUGUCAUACAUCAAUCAAUUGCAAUGUGGUGGUAUAUACCAAGCAUCUUUGUAAUAUAGUAACCCGAAGCUAACCGAACAUGCUUGCGUACAACCACUUGUGUUCUCUCUUUCUCUUUCUCUCUUACUCUCUGUCUCUCAGUCUACAGGAAAUGUAAAUUAUAAAUUAUUUAAAUUAUACAAGUUAUAACGAAAAUAAUAUCUUGGAGUUGGCAUGAAGCCAGUGAAUCGUGAUGGCGUUGCAUUACUGAGACCUUACCAAAAAAUUGGACACGAUGUAUCGACAUGACGUACUCAAGAUAGCAUACAUAUUUGCCGAAAUCGAAAAGUACCUCGAUGAAGAAAACUAAUUAGCACUUAAUGUGUGCAAUUGGAGAUAAAUACUAGUGGGAGAUUGCCACCCGUUCAGGUAAGUAUAAGUCAGUCACAGCUCACAGCACAUUUUGUAGAAGGGUCUUGAUGCGAAACUUGUUAGGUUUAAUUUCGACGUACUACAUGUGCAGGCAUCGUAUUUUUUUUUUUAACUAAACAUAGAUGAAAACAAUUAAGUACACUUAAAUAUUUUUGAUACAUUUUAACGAGAAAAAUUUUCAAGUAGACAAGAUGAGUUUGAGAGAACAAAAAACACAUUCUUAUAAUAAUUUUAAAUCAAUUUUAUUUUAUGUAAUAUUAUUUCAUAAAUACUUUCGUCUCAUAGUACAUUACCUUGCUUAAACUUUCAAAAGUAAUGUUUCCUCGAAUAUUUUUUUCGUUAUAUAAAAUGUUGAGCUUUUUCAUCUUGCGUAGACAUUUUAUUACAAAUUGUGAACUUUUAUGUUUACUGUUAUGAAUUAGAUUUUCAUUUUCGAUACGAGUUUAUAUUAUUUUCCCAAAAAUUUACACGGUUCUAUGUGUAACUAAAUUUAAUCAUCUUAGUAUUUACGAUGCCAGUCUAAAGACAUUUAUAAUUAUAAUACAUGGUUUUAUAUCGACAUUACGAGCAUUGUGAACUGACUAUAUAUCAAUAAAGUCCCACUAUUUACACAUACACGUAUAUAUAGGUAUUAAUUAUAUUUCAAUUAGAAUUUCAUGGGCAGCCCUACACAAUCUUUGUAGAACUAGUCCAGGAAAAGUGUAAUAUACACGAAAAUGGCAUUCGGAUAGUACAAACUGACGAUUACUGAACGUUUCCAUUGAGUAGUCGAAAUUAUAUAUUUUUUUUAUAUAUUGAAUGAAAUAAUCAUAUAAGAAAAUACUGAAUGCCAUUUUGAUAGGUAUUAUAUUAUAUUGUUGUGUGUUUUACCAUAGAGUGAGUGAGCUAAAUUUGAAAGAAGGAAUAUGUUGAAUGAGGAUACAUUACUAUGGGGUUUCUAAAAAGUUUCUAUUAUUUUGGAUAAUGAAGAUGUGAUUUAAUUCGGUUUUGAUUCGAAUGAAAUUGAAAUAGUGAACAGGUCUAUUCAUUUGUAUCACUGUACAUGUUGUUAAGAUGAAUAAAAAUCUGAAAAUAAAAUAAAAAUAACAUUUUUUAAAAUCUUUACAAAUCUAUCAAUUGUUUACAAAUAAUAAAAAGUUUAAUUUACCAAUUUUUAUUAUGUAAGAAACUCUUCGAUAUCUCUUAUUAUAAUACAACGUGUUAGAAUAAUUUCUAUAAGUGCAAUUCUUAGAAUGACAUGAAUUUAUAUAAUUUUGAAAUAGGCAGUAUAAACCAUUCUUUUUAGAAGCCCCUAAAGCGAAAAGCAGUUAGAUGGCGUGUAGUAAUGAUUAAUAUAUCAUUGAAAUCAUGCGCAUCUUAUUUAAAAACAGACUAGUUGUGUAUAAUAUUGGCUUAGACUUGACAGUAGCCAAGAAUAACUCGGCACAUGACCUAUCUUAUGCCAUAGUAGACACCUAGGUACAAAACAUUCUGUUAAACAUUGUUUAUCCGUUGUUAUGUAAUAUUUACAUGUAUAAACAUUAAGUUCUGUACAUUGUUAAGAGGCAAAAAUUCAUACGAUAUAGUUUCUAUGUAGAUCUUGUAUUUUUAACACUGUCAAAAUACCCUUUGUAGAUACAUUUUUCAUUUAACGUGUAAACAAUGUUGAUUAAAUACGUAAUGCCAGUGUAUGGGUGAUUUCAAGGAAACUCUGUGAUGCAGGUAUGUGUAAAGUUAAUCGAACGUGUGUACCGAUAAAUAGUUGAUAAUUUAAAACAAAUCACAUAGGUGAAAUUUAUUUUAGUUUUUAAGUGGACUCCCAUACCUAAUAAUAAUAUCUACAAAGGAUCUUUUGAACGUAAUCGAAUAAGACUCUGCUUCACACGAUUGCAAAAUGAGGAUGAUAUAAUUAAUGGUAAAGGGAGGUUGCGCUGAGAUAUGUCUGUGCUGCUGUCUUACACUGUGAACAUUCUCUGUUGAGGCUGUGUCGUCCAUUUGUCUAUGAAUAGACAAAUUUCCAAAUUAAUCAAUAUAUCGAGUAUAUUGUCUAGAGAGGCAAUAUCUUUGUAUUAAAUUUCGUAUAUGGCCUUACAAAUACAUAAUGAACGUGUAACGUAGAUGUAUUAAACGACUAUAAAGCAUAUUGGAAUUGUUUUGUAGCACUUUAUAUACUCUCCAUUGUAAUAUGUUUGCAUAAAUAUCUGAAGAGUACUGCAUUAAAAAUGUUCAACACAGUAGAUAUGUAACAUCCCAUAUCUGAUAGAAAUUUUCUUUUCGAUGUCUUUUAUGUAUAAUAAAUUCGUAUAAUUGCAUAACAAAAGAUAAUUUAAUACCAUGUAUAAAAUCAUAGAUAAUAUUAUUUUCAGGCUUAUAAAACGCAUUAGAGAAUCUAUAUUCUUUUACGCAAUAGUUUUUUUUUUACACCAACAGGAACACCAAGGUUUUAUGAUGACUACGUACUUUUAUGUAAUAUUCCUAUGAGCCAUGGGGUGUUACAAUAUGUCAAAUAUUCUGAGGCCUUAUUAUAAUCUUAGUCCAUUGGAAAUUAUGCAUUGUACUGAAUUUUUCUGAAUAUCUAUCGAGAAUGCAUUAAGCAAUUAUCUAAUAAAGAAAUGAGGGAGUUUGUUAUGAAAUAAAUCCAAUGACUGACUGUAAUUAAAUAAAAUAAUACGUGGGAGAAUGUUCACUGUAUGCUUCAGGUGCUAUGGGGAUGCCGUUACAUUCUCAUGACAUGAUGUAACAUUAGUUGAUACGAAAAAAAAACCGCAUUGGUGUUUCUCAACCGAUGAAUCAUAGAACAAUUCGAAAGAUACUUAUUAAAAUAUGUAAUAUGCAAGGUGUAAGAAAAGCCAUCUUUAUUCGCACAAGCAAAGUCGACGAAAUACGCUUACGGUGAUUAAAAGGGUUUUUUUAUAUACAUAUAUAAAUAUAAUAUAUAAAUAAAUAUUAUUUCAUCGAAAAAGUAUCUUUAAAGCUGUGUAAGCCAGAAUUUCUUCCUUUAAGAUGAUACGGUAAAUUUGUUAAAUGCAUUUUAAUUUGAUGCAGAAUGUAUAGACAUAAGCGACGUCAAUAAUACUCGCAAUAAUAACAAUAAAAGUAUAUGUAACAUAUGCGGAAUUUUUUUGUGGAGCAGAAACGCAAAGAGCAGUAUCGAUUCUCUGAGGAGUUAAGGUUCGAUUUAUCUGUAAUGAAUAAAGGUGACAUUGCCUUAAUGGAUAGCAUUUGUAAUAUUUAAGAGUUACUUGGAGCUUGUGUUGAGAAACACCGUAUAGGAUACAUGAUUAUGAGUACUACUCUUAAUACUAAUCUCCUCUGUUUAGCCAUAACGAUUAUAUAAUUAUGUAUUCGCGCAUGUAAUUAUAUGAUUAUACAUAAAUAAUCAUAUAAUUAUACGAUAAAUUAUAUAUAAUAUAUAUACAAAUAUAUAGGAUAUAUAAAAAAUACCAAGUAAAAUACGAUGUUGAAGAAUUUGGGUUAUAUAGUUUUAUUUUAUAUUUAGAAACAAAAGAGGUAUAGAGGAGGGCAUUUAGUGACUAUCGGUUUGAACUAAAGAAUUUUAUUAUAGCAUGUGCACACGCUUAUAUAAAUACGUUAAAAUAAUUUUCCUAGUACGUAUAUAUGUAGGAAAAAUCACGAAGUGUGCAGAUCCAUAUCAAAAUUCUUUAGGUCAAAAAUAAUCUAACGUUAGAACAUAAAUUCAAUCGCAAUUCCUGAUGUUUAGAUAAAGUAAAGUAUGUUACGAAUACGUUCUUUCAUUUUGUUUUAAUCUUGUAAGUAGUAGAAUCGCUCCUUGACAGUUCCUCAAAGAAAUAUACAAAAUAAGAGAUACCUACUGUGAAUUAUCGUAUCACAUUCGUGGUUUUUGACAUCCUAAAUUGUAUACAUAUACACAUUUAUAUAUCGCUCUACAAACUGUUGUAACAAUCUAUUUCAAAAGAUAAGGGAUGAUUUUCAACAGUACGAUAUGCAAACAAUUCUUUUCAGUAUAUUCUCGUUCAAUAUACCCCUUUUUUUUCAUUAACCAGCAGAAUUUUAUUCAAAUAAAUAAGUUAUACAGUGUGAAAAACGGUUCAAAAUACCUCAUUAAAGAAUUCCUUAACAAUAUAGCUCUUUAAAUAACGAUUACAAUUCGCGAUACUAUCGACUACUUCAUAUACAGUGCUACGUUUGUUAAACGCUAGGAUUAUGGAUACAACAUAACAAAAUCUUACUUGUGUUUCUUCACAGUUGUAUAGGGGAGAUUACGAAUAAAGUAAAACGAGUUAUCUGUAAUAUUAUAAUAUAAAAAAUGCGUAUUUUUAUUUUAGAUCCAUAGUUUCGAUACAAUAAUGUUCUUAUCAACUCAAAAAGUUUGCCAUGCAUAAAAUUAUGUCGUUCGUAAAUAAUACUCACUCUGAUUCUGCUAUUUACAUAUUAGAAAUUAAAUGGUGGCCAUUUGUUAUUCUAAAAAUUUCGUCAUUGCUAUACUUUUUAAUUACACGAUGUAAAUAGGGGAGCAUGUAUAAUAAUAUAUCAAUACUUGCUCAGCGAUGAUACAUUCUACAAAUGUCAAAAAACCCUGUAAUAAAAUGAUUG